CGUCGUUUAGCCAAUAGAGGCUCACGAGAAGGGCAAUUCCGUGUGUGCCCAUCGUGUCGGGGCGGGACUUCCGGCGUCCUCCUCGUGGCGGUAGUUUUGGCUGCUGUGAGCUCUAUGUGCUGGGUCACGGACUCCUGAGGUCGGGUGGAGACUGAGGGGACCGAGAAGGCGCGAGGGGAGGCGCUGACCCCGCCGCGCAGACUGGCGUCCGCGACUCCUCAACGCCGCCCGGGCUGCCCCGCGCCGGGGCCGGGACGGGGACCGCUGGCCCGGGUGUCCGCUCCGCCCAGAGUCAGAUGGCGGCGACCGCGCGCAGGGACCCGGCUCAGAGUUGUGUGACUUUCGAGGACGUGGCCGUGUACUUCUCCCAGGAGGAGUGGGGGCUCCUUGAUGAGGCUCAGAGGUUCCUGUACCACGACGUGAUGCUGGAGACCUUUGCACUUACAACAUCCCUGGAUUGUUGGUGUGGAGCAGAGAAUGAGGAAGUACCUUCUGAGCAGAGUGUUUCUGUAGAAAGAGUGUCACAGGUCAGGACUUCUAAGACAGGUUCAUCAAUCCAGAAGACUCACCUCUGUGAGAAUUGUGUCCCAGUCUUGAAAGACAAUUUGCAACCUUCUGAGCUCCGAGCGGCAUAUUCUGGGCAGACAUCAUACUUGGGUGGGGCGACCAGAGGCUUCUGGUUUGGUGCAAACCUUCACCAGUAUCAAAAGCAUGACAGUGGAGAGAAAAUGUUCAAAAUGGAUAUGGACAGUGCCUUGUUAGUGACGAGCUGCAGAUUCCACGUGUCAGCGAGGCCCUUUGCCAGUGGGGAAGGUGGAAAGGACUUUCUAGCUCCCUCAGGCCCUCUCCAGCACCUGGAUAUGCCCAAUAGCGAGAAGCCCCAGAGCAGCAUUGAGUGUGGGGAGCCCUUUACCAGCGGAAUAAGUCACAAGUGGAUCAAAUGCAGGAGAGCUUUCAGCAACACUCACACUCUUGACCACCAGAGAUUCCACGAUGGAGAAGGUCUUGACGAAUGUAGCAAAUGUGGAAAAGACGUCAGCUGUAAAUACAGACCUUUUCAGCACCAGAAAAUUCACACCGAAGAAAGAUCUUACAAGUGUAGUGAAUGUGGGAGGUUCUUUAGUCGCAAAACCCAUCUCAUUCGACACUGGAGAGUUCACACUGGAGCAAAGCCUUAUGAGUGCAUAGAAUGUGGCAGGUCUUUCAGCCAGAAAUCUGACCUCAUUCAACACCAAAGAGUUCAUACUGGAGAGAGGCCGUACGAGUGCAGUGAAUGUGGGAAGUCCUUUAUCCAAAAAUCUAUCCUUAUUAAACACCUGAGAGUUCAUACUAACGAAAGGCCUUACAAAUGCAUUGAAUGUGGGAAAUCAUUUACCCAAAGUUCUGGCCUUCUUCGCCACAAGAGAGCUCACGCUAGAGCAAGGCCUUAUGAAUGCACUGAAUGUGGGAAAUCAUUUAGUUGUAAAACCCACCUCAUGAGACACUGGAGAGUUCACACUGGAGUAAGGCCUUAUGAUUGCAUUGAAUGUGGGAAAUCUUUUAGUGAGAAAUCUGUCCUCAUUCAACACCAAAGAGUUCAUACUGGAGAAAGGCCUUAUGAGUGCAAUGAAUGUGGGAAAUCCUUUAGCCAGAAAUCUGUCCUCAUUCAACACCAAAGAGUUCACACUGGAGAAAAGCCGUAUGAAUGCGGUGAAUGUGGGAAAUCCUUCAGCCGUAAAACCCACCUCGUUCGACACCAGACAGUUCACUCUGGAGCAAAGCCUUAUGAGUGCAAUGAGUGUGGGAAAUCCUUUAGCCAGAGCUCUGGCCUCCUUCGACAUAGGAGAGCUCACCUGCAGUGAAUGAGAAAUCCUUUAGCUGCAAACUCAGCUCAGUCAACACCAAAGAGUUCACACAAAGUGAAACAGAUGCAGAGAAUGUGCCCUUUCCUUACUUAGUUUAAUUGUGGUGGAGGAAAGCCUCUUGAGCCAUCUGCCUGAACUGAAUUUUAUAGAUCUGAAAACAUCUACAGACUGGAGAUUUCCCUGUAAGUUUCAGUUAUGUGGGAAGCAUGUACAACCUGUCCAAGCUCCUUGCCAGGUUGAUGUCACUGCCAGUUUCAGUGGCAGCAGCCACUUCAGCUCUACCACGUGACCAGUCCCCACAGUGUGCGUCAGUCACCUUGGUCUGCUUGUCAAAGCUGACCUCUGCUCUCCCAUGUGCUAGAGGAAAUCAAGAGUAUCCUGAGCCUUAUGAGAUCUUCAUUCCCUUCUCUCUUGACAAGUUAGCACAUGGAUUUGACCCUCUGUUGGCCUCUAGAACACUAUCUGGGUUCUGCUGAUGGCCUGCGCAGAACUAGCUUUUUGAGAGAUCUAACUGGUCUCAGGGAGUGCUCUUGAUGAGGUUUUCCAGCUUCCAAGUCAUCGAACCGGAAACUGUUGCACAGCUUUGGCUGGUUUGUGCAAUAAUAAAGGCCUUUCUGUUUAAGCACCUUUAAUCUUAGAAACUCUGUCCACAGUGUAGGGUAGCUUGAAGGACUGCCAACUUGAAGUGGAAAGUUGUGAGGGGAUGCAAACGUUGGUGCCUCAGAGGGGACAGUGUGAUGGUAGAGUGUAGUGCUCUCCAGUUGUAUCAUAGUCUGCGUUGCUGCCAGGACCUCCUAGGAAAGACUGCUCUGUGGUCCUGAGUUUUUGCCUGGAUGCCAGAGGUCACCCUGAGAAAGGGGCAGUUGUGACAACACCCGUGCUUUUGGAGACAACGUGAAAUUUUCCUUGUUCACGGGCUACCUCAGUGCCCAGCAGUGCUGAGGAAAAUCAGCCCCAGGUCCUGCAGAGGAGCUGUGCACCCUGAUACCCAGAGCUCAGUAGGCCAGUGUCGCUGGCUGUAAGACUGCAGGGGCAAGGGAACCCAUAAUUGGCACAGAAACACUAUCAAUAGAGCGUGGAGGAGACUGCCACAGGGUACGUGGAGUGCGCCUCCCCCGGGUGUGCACCCACAGGUGUUUCGGUGACUGACUGCAGGCUGCGAGUGUACAGAAAUCUCAGGAUCUCCAGCGUGUGAGACUUCCAACUCCUUCGCACCCUUGUCAGUGCCUGGUAAGAUUGACUUUUUAAUUUCACCUUUUUAAAAUAAGUAUUGUUACCUCAUUUGUUUUCAUUGUAUUUCCCUAAGGAUUUAUGGUGUUGAGCAUUAUUUCAUGUGUUUGCUGGUUAUCUUUUUUAGUAAACUGCCUCGUCUUACCUGUGGACUAUUUUCUCUCUUAUGAAAUUUGGUUAUUUUCCGUUUAGUAACAAAUAAGAUGAAACAAAACAGACUUAGGUUGGAAUAUUCUUUGUUCUUUAGUAAUGUGGGCAACUUCUUUGCUGCAUGGAAUAGUUGUUUUUGAAUACUCGAAGAAUAUUCUGUCAUUUUUUCUUUAUGGGUAUUCUCUUUGAGGGGAUAUGCACAAGGUAGUGGCCACCUAUACGAUUUAUUAGCAUACUUUCCAUCACUUUUUA